AUGUGUAGAAUUUGUCCCCGUCUCCCUCGGCCCGGCAUUCCUCCGAGCAGACAGGAGGAGGCCCAGGAGCACAUCCGCGACGAAGACCUGGUGGAAACGGCAACGGAAGCAGGAUAUUUUCAUCCACCAAAUCCAUCGAAGACCAUCGUCCAGUCUGCGCCCAGCCAUGACGGUGCCGCGACCUUCGCCGCAUACGAAGUUUUCAAAGACACCCCAGAAGACUUGAAACCAGAAGACUUUGAAGCCGCAGUCCGCCCUCUGCGUCCCCCGUUCGGUAUCGUCAUCUACGACACGACGCACACCGCUCGCCCUACCCGCAGUGCCCGGCUCGCACGCGCUGUAUUUGACCGCACUUACUGGUAUCGUCGCAAACGUAACCACAGACCGGACCGGGUGGAGGUCGUCACGCUACCCCUGCCCCAGUCGUCCACAGAUGCUGAGCGCGCGGAGGCUUGUAUCCGCCACCACGAGGAGGAGAUCCGGAGCCGUUUGUUAAUACCUCACGAGCCCGAGGCGGUCUCCUGGUUUCUGCCGGAGCGUAUCAUGGAUAGCACCUACGCGCGGAGGAUCCUUGCUAUCAACCGCUUGGAAGAAAACGAUUAUGACGAGGAAGUCGAGGUAGCGUCCUGGGAGGAAUCGAUAAGCAACGAAGAAUACGCUAUCGAGUGUGAAGCUUGUAUGAAUCCCGAGGCGAGCCGUUCUGGCAGUUUUCUUUGCAUCGACUGGCAGCCCCGUAAGGAGCUGUGGCGUUCACACACGGGUCGAGGUUAUAAGCCGGAUAUGGAUAAAGAGAUCAUCACCCCCUGCUAUGGGUUUGAGAUGUUUGGGAAUAUCUGUAUGGAGUUAGUGGAUGCGGUUGAAGUCUUUUACAACCACUUUGUACCUGAUGGCGUCCUCGACCUAGAGUUAGAGAAGGCUAGACGAGGUUGA